GCGACAGCAAAAGAGGGAAGAAAGGCUGCUCCCCUGCCCUGCCAUAGUAGAUGCACAGUCGCUAAUUCGGCUUAAUUCGUUCUGUCCUACCAGCACCGCAAAUAUCUCCAAGAAAAGAGCGAAAGCAGAAGCCGCACUGAGGCGAAUCAGCCCCGGGCGUUCUCUUACGGCUAAGCGGGAGAGCUAGCUGAGGAGAGUGCUGUGCGGCGCCAUUAAUGGCCGAGGGGCAGCUCGCGGCCUGCUGGGGAAAGCAGGAUGACGAGUGGAGGAAAGGCCCAUGGACCAGCCAUGAGGACAAGCUGCUCCUCGAGCAUGUCGCCCAGCACGGCGAGGGGAGGUGGAAUUCCGUCUCCAAGCUCACAGGUCUGAAGAGAAGUGGAAAGAGUUGCAGGCUGCGGUGGGUUAACUACCUCAGACCUGAUCUAAAGAGGGGCAAGAUCACACCACAAGAGGAGAGCACCAUAGUCCAGCUCCACGCCUUGUGGGGAAACAGGUGGUCGACGAUUGCACGCAGCCUCCCGGGGAGGACGGACAACGAGAUCAAGAACUACUGGAGGACGCACUUCAAGAAGGGAAAGCCGUCCAAGAACAUCGAGCGCGCCAGGGCAAGGUUCCUCAAGCAGCGUCGGGAGAUGCAGCAGCAGCAGCAGCAGCAGUUGCUGCUGGGGCAGGGCAAGGACGACGUCGAGCUCGCCACGGCAGGCACCGUCGCCGACGUUCAGGUCGACGACGAUAAGAUCUGCACCGUGGGCUGCGCGGCGGCGACGUUGGCCGGUCACGAACACGAGGAUCAGCUGCUCAUGCGGGACGUCAUGGACUUCCUGUGCCCCAUGUCCUGCGUCCUCCUUCACGACGCCGGGCAUGGCGGCGGCAGCUGCUGCGCGUCGACGAGCGAGCAGGAAUACGGCUCCAGCGAGGACGACGGUGCCACGUGGGGAAGCCUGUGGAACCUCGAAGACGUGGCCCAUAACGUCGACGGUGGGGCAUGCACGCUGUGGUAGAUUCCCUCCCCGCUAGCUCUCGCCGAGAAAUCAAAAACAAAAAAGGAAAAGGAUCUAAAGAACUUGCAUGCUCCCUUCUACUAGGAAACGAGAGAAGGUACAUGGUGCUAAUCAAGUGAUGGAGAAUGAUGCAACGACAACUAUCGUACAUCCACUUUGCUUGAGCCUCAGUUGAUGACACGUUGAAAGCGCUGUUUCACUUUGUUUAGGGGGAAACUCAAGAUGUGUUUUCCCCUUGUUAGCACUGGCAACCUCUCUCCCGGCCUGCUUAAACAAAGGAGAUGAGGGCGUGUUCAAAUUUGUUCCAGUGAUAAUACCAAUAUAUGGUCUGAUUAAAUGUGAUUAGUACAUUUA